ACAUGAAGUCACUUUCCAGACAGGGAUCACCUCCGAUCAUCGUCUAAGUGUGGGAGACUUUCUUGUCCGAAAAUGAAUUCCAACCGCUUCAGACUUACUGCGGCGCUGUUGCUGGCAACAACCGGUUUGCUCCUCACAGCAGUUGCUGAAUCUAAGAACCGAGCGACCACAUGUGACAAUGACGACGGGACCGUCCAACACUUAGACUGCGGUCAUGGCGUAAUCAGUGUGAUUGACUCGGUGUAUGGUUGCUCAAACCCGUGGGUCUGUACUGAUGAGGACCAAUCUGAUCAACAGCUGGCCAACACAUACUGGACCGAGGAAAGCACCGUGGACAAACUCUGGACCUAAUCUUUGCAACAACUUUUUGUGCGCAGAUGCAAUGGCAGGAAAUCAUGUGAAGUGAGCCUGACUGUUUUCCACACUCGUGGUUCCUGUGUUGGCGCCUUCAAAUAUCUGCAGACCACCUUUACCUGCCUGGAACCAAUGACUGUGGUGGCUUGUCAGGGGGCCAUGGCACACUUGGAUUGUGGUUUGGGGCACGUUAUCACCAUCGAUGGUACAGCCUACGGACGCCGCGACCAGACCACCUGCUCCGAGGGAAGGCCCUUUGAUCAGCGCCAAAACAUCGAGUGCAUGCAGCCAUCAACUGCCACGGUUGUCAAAAUGUACAGUAGCACAAUCUUGUUUCCCAAAUGUACAGUCGCACAAUCUUUUUGUUUCUUUAUCCCUGAAACUAAACCCAUUUUCCUCAUUCAUGGGUGUAAGGGGAAAACCACCUGUUCAGUCCCAGCCAACAAUGCAGUGUUCACCAACCCAUUUCAAGGCACCUACAAGUACUUGGAGAUUUCCUACGCAUGCAAUCGUAAAUAGUGUAAUAUCUGUUUCUUGUAUUUUGUGUGACGUCAUAGGGAGGGGAGGAGCCAGGUUGGGAGAAUAUUGGCUCCGGUAGUUAGUCUGAGUGAGGAGCGCAUGGGCGUGAGUUGUGGCUAACAGCAACUCCUUUGAAUGCGUGUGUUUAUUACUUAUUCUGUUUAUUAAAAAUGGUGAAUAGUA